AUGGAACGCUCGAAGGACGGCAAAAGGACGAAAAGCUACAACGGAAACGGAUCAAAGCCCCCUCUUGAUGACGAAGAGGCGCUUACCACGAAGCAGCAGACACUGGAAGACAAGCAGCCGCUUGUGGAACGUGAAGAUGAAUUGUUGGAGUAUGCAAGCUCGUCGCCGCUACUAAUGCAGAAACCUGUUGCGGCCUGGGCAGUUGGAGGCCUUGGCGUAUUGCUCUUUUUGGUGGUGGUUCUUGUGGUCCAAAGAAGCUCGUUACAGGCCCCACGCGUGACCCGUAUAGCGACCGAGGCAACCACAUGGGUGGAUAUGCUACCCAAUGAUGUUAUCAGUCAUUUGGAUAGAGAUGUGGACCCGUGUGACGACUUGUACGCGUUUAGCUGUGGCUCAUGGCAGAAAAAUGCGGAGAUCCCGGAAGACGAGUCGAGUGUGUACUUGUCAUUUUCUGCUAUACAAGACAAGAAUGAAAAAGUGCUGAAAGACGUGAUGCAGAAAGGUUGGCCGCUCGUGGGCGAGUUGUAUGACUCGUGUAUGAACUUCAAUAGCACGAGCAGUAAGACGGCGGAUGACGCGUCGUUAAAGGUUCUGUCGCCGGUAUUGGAGCAAAUUGCUGCGACGAAAAGCAAGAAAAAGCUGUUUCGAUUGGCAGGAGUCUUGUUCAAAGAAGGAACAAGCUUGUUGACAAGAUUUGCUGUCGUUACAGAUGCUCGAGAAGCGACCGUGUACGUUUUGCAUGCAUUGCAGUCUGGACUGUCACUGCCAGAUUUCCAGUAUUAUUUGGACCGCAAGAAGUUUGAUUCGAUCAGUGACGCGUUCCAUGCGUAUGUGGUGAAGUUGUUUGUGUUGGCUGGAUGGAGGUCGCAUGCAGCAGCAUCGCAAGCUUCCACAGUGAUUGGCUUUGAACAAACGCUUGCACCGCUUUUCGAACCGAAAGAAAAGCUGGAAGAUCCUGUCGCAACGUACAAUCUUCUUGAAGGGUGCGGGGUUGCUAAGAAUCUCACAGAUCAGAACGCUAACGUGAUCGUGCAAACACCUAAAUUUUUUAACCGUUUUGAAAAGCUCGUGACUGGAGAUUCUGUGACUUUGGAGACCCUGAAAGCUGUGCUGAUGUACCAGUUUAUCAGUGAUAAGGCAGCUAUUCUCAGUGAACCUUUCGUUCAGGCAAACUUUUUAUUUGAUCAGACUGUCAGUGGUCAAAAGAAGCGUUCCCCGCGAUGGAAGGUGUGUCUUGGCCAUGUUACCAGCUGCUUUCCUGAUUUAGUGGGCAAGUAUUAUGCUCACCUUCAGUUCGACAAGGCUAGUGAGCAACUUGCAAGGAAACUUGUGGCGCAAAUUCAAGCGUCAAUGCAGAAGAACCUCAAGCAGGUGGAUUGGCUAGACCGGCCCACUCGGCAGGCUGCUAUUGAAAAACUAGACAAGAUGACCAAUCUUAUUGGGUAUUCGACUGUCUCCGAGAGCUUUCCUUCAUUCAAUAUAGGACAGAUCGGUGGUCCAGUGAACCGUAACGAAUGGGGAGUAACGGGUGCUGAUGUGGACACGUAUUAUCAGCCGACAACGAACCAGAUCGUACUCCCUGCUGGCAGCCUCCAGUCGCCAUAUUUCGCUUCUGAACACCACCCUGCACGCAACUUUGGUGCUAUUGGUUGUACCAUCGGUCACGAACUCACGCAUGGAUUUGAUAACAUCGGAGGAUGCUACGAUGGUGACGGCAGCUUGCGGAACUGGUGGAGCAACGACACAGCAAACGAAUUCUCACGACGGGCUGAUUGUCUUGUGAAGCAAUACGAUAGUUUUGCAGUGACGAGUGAUGAAGAUCAGGAUAAGGUGCUGGGCCACGUCGACGGGACCUACACUUUAGACGAGAAUAUUGCCGACCACGGCGGCCUCAAGUUGGCGUUUAACGCAUAUGAAACAUACAUGAACAAGCAGGCUCGGAAGAUGAGCAAAGUGAGCGAAGGUGAAGCGACAGAGCCGACUAGUUCAAUGAGCCAAGUGGGGCGUAGCUUACCUGCUGAUGUAGCCGACAAACUUUUCUUCGUCUCGUUCGCUCAGACAUUCUGCGAUAAGUCAAGCGACACCCUGGUGAUACAAAGCUUAGCCACAGAAUUGCACUCGCCCGCGCGGUGGCGCGUUAACGGCGUUGCAAGCAAUUCGCACGACUUUGCACGCGUGUUCUCAUGUCCCGCUAGCUCGCCCAUGAACCCGAAGAAAAAGUGUCAGCUAUGGUAG